AUGCCGUUGCCUUUAUCCCCGAAUCACGCUGAAGACAAGGCCACCGAUGGGUUUUACUGCUAUUCAUAUGACGCCUGCAGCACCAGCAAGUCGAUGACUAACCCCUGGUGGCAAGCUGACCUCCAGAAGGCAUAUGUCGUCUCAGCCCUCAUUGUGAAAGCGAGAGAUGACGGCAGCAGCUUCAGUCAAGUAGAGAUACGAUUUGGAAAUUCGCCCACCAUCAGCCAGAACCCAGUAUUUGGCACACACCCAGGAUCCACACCUCCUGCCGGCACCUUCCUCACUUUUAGGCCUCCAAACCCCAUGGAGGGACGAUACCUCUCUUUCCAAGCACUUGAAUAUGCUGGUAUUUUUAUAUGCGAGUUGCAGAUCAUUGAGGCCUGA